AUGGAGGCAUUUCUGAAGUUUACGAAGGAUUGUUUGGCAAAUAUUUCUCAGUUUUCUGAGGUGCAUGUUGUGCUGGGCAAUGAAGCAUGUGAUCUUGACUCUAUGGUGUCAUCUUUACUUUACGCUUUCUCGAUUUACAAGACACUUACCAAUGUUCCAGGGAAGCCAAUAGCCGUAAUUCCUGUAUUCAACAUACAUAAGGAAGACUUUUGUUUGAGGACAGAGGCGGUUUUUCUAUUCCAGAGAUAUCUACUUGACUCAAGUUCCUUCAUAUUUAUAGAAGAUGUUGACUUGGAAAACCUACUGGAAACAGGGAAACUGCAGCUUAUUUUAGUGGAUCAUAACAUCUUAGCAAAAAGACAGAAACACUUGGAUGUUGCUGUCUUUGAGAUCCUAGACCAUCAUAAAGAUCAAUGGCCAGCUAAUUUGAAAGUAAGAAAAAACAUUGAACCUGUGGGAUCAUGCUGCACACUUGUGACAGAGAAAUUAUUGGCUUUAGAUUUAUUAGAUGGGCAGAUGGCGAGCCUGCUGUUAGGAUCAAUACUUCUGGACACUAUUAACUUGGAUCCCAGAGCUGGAAGAGCCACAGAUAAAGACAGAAAUAUUGUCAAGCAAUUGCAGGAUAAAUUUCCUCUAGCCCUAGAUGAACUGUACAGAUCUGUCAGUACAGCCAAAUUUGAUGUGUCAGCUCUCUGCACAUUGGAUCUUCUUCGUAAAGACUACAAAGCUUUGCCAACCGUUGAAAACAAAGCUCUGAGUGUUGGCAUCAGUUCUGUCAGUGGAUUAUCACUGAGUGAUUUCUUCGCAAGAACUCAAGUCCAUCAAAGCAUUUCAGAAUACUGCCUGGCCUCAUCUCUGGAUGUGUUAAUUAUCAUGUUUCUCUAUUUUGUUGAAAGCCUUGAUGAUCCUCCCAGUAGGCAGAUUGCUGUUUGUGGGCCACACAAUGAAGCUAAGAGUAAAAUCGCAGAAAAUUUGUCCACUUCAGGAGAACUUAAUUUGAGGCUGUACAGCGAGCGUUUCCAAAACUGUUUCGUGUAUGAUCAGGAAAACAUAACGGCUUCACGGAAAGUUGUGUUUCCUCUUGUACUGGAUAUCAUCAAAAAUAGAUUUUGAAGUGCGUUACUUUUUUACUUGAACUGAGAUGUUAAUAAUACCUUAGAGGGUGGCUGACUCCCUUUGUAAUGGCCUUUCUUCGGAUGUUUCAGGUAAAAUGCAAAAAGAAGCAAAAAGGUGUUCAUUUCAUGUGUUCUUCUAUCAAAAUUAAAGACAUGGUCAAACAAGAUUGUGAAGAACUUUUUCUACAAGCGGCUGCCGAUGGUGUAAUAAACGGCUGUUCGUGAAAAGUGGCUGUAAGGCGAAACCCAAUGAAGAGAGCCUGCGCAGGCUAA